ACGAAGAAUUUGUGUAAAUGCCAAUGUAUUUUAAGAAGAGUGGCUCUUCAAAAUUUAGCACCGCGCCCUUGCCUACAACUAGAGGGUGCUCAGGGUGGUAUGUGCACAUUCUGGGAGGAGGCACCCGCACAUCACUACAGCUGGCAACCCUCACGGCUGCUCCAGCCGUACCAUUACUAAUACUGAGCACGUCACCGCAGACGGCGCUGUGCUCUCCCCGCGCUGGAGCCGCACACGAGGUGGUGUGUUUGCAUUUUCGGAAAGAACGUGGCAAAGGACAAUUAGAUGAUCAAGAACAUCAUCAGCUGAAUAGCGGCCCGUAUCAGAAAAGAUUGAGAGCCUGAGACUGUGGUCGGUCUGAGUUCCAUAGAAUAACAACAUUCUUCUGACAGCAAUAAUACCAAAUCCUCAGCUGAGGCAGAGGUAUACCGUUGUGACAUUGAAAACAACCGCAAGACAGUUCUGAAAGACUUGCAGCAUGCAAUAUACAGUUAGCAAAGUGCUGUCCGGUGUGUGAUAGUAGUGCGUGUGUUUGGAGAGGUGGCACUCAGAUCCCGGCGGUGAGGCGUCAGGCUUGCCACUCCCGCCUGAACACAAUGAUAGCCUUGAUGAGGCUGGGCUGAACUAGACAACCAUGUGUAUCUUACAGAACCAGACAGUGUUACUUGUUGUCAGUUGUAAAAUGGACAAGUUUCGGUAUCUUUGCUUAAAGUAGUGACACACGAUACGCCUGACAUUACAGAGUUGUGUGUGUAACCCGAGGAGCAGCACUAAUUCCCCACAUACCGCUGCGGCAGUGCGUCGAGUGGCAGGAUGGGGAGCAUGCCGGGAGUGAGGUUGCAGGACCACCACCACCUCAAAUACACUGUCAGCCUCACCAGGGUGGGCCAACAAGUGUAUUCCACCGUGUUCUCGUGGGGCUCAACAGCCACCCACGCCUCCAUCAAAGACGCCCUCUACAGCCUCCCCAAUUACAACUCGGCAAAGUUUCGAAAGGAUUUUAAUGGGGCGCAGCGCGAGAAGAUCAACCAAGGUGACCCCGUGGCAACAUUCGACAUCUCGCUGACCUACAAGUUGCUUCAGUUGCUGUGUGGCCUGAAGGAAGCGGUAGACCCGGCCUGGGUGACGCCGGCAGACACCCUCGAGUACUUCCUUCACAACAUCAAGUCCUUGAGGAAUGAAGUCGCACAUGACACGCUGCACCUGACUGCCGAGGAAAUGUUGAACAAAAUGGAAAUACUCAAAGAUCUCUUUAUCAAGACCAUCAGAAAGGCAGGAGAAGUAUUUUCUGUAGUGCCUGCUAAAGUAGACACUCUGGAGAAGUCCAUCACCACUCAGUUGGACGCCAUCAGGGAUUCCCCCGUGCCAUUGUCCACCGUGGAUGAGUACAAUAAAGAGGUACUCACCAGCAGGAAACUUCGCCUGAUAGAGGAAGGAGGUUAUGAGUUGACUCAGACGUAUGACAACGUGUGUGAGUUGAGCGUCGCUCCCUGGCUUGUAUCGGGACAGCGGGUGAACGUGGAGGCCCUGUUUACCCCGCCCACGCUGAGGAGAGAACAAACACAAAUAAGACAGAGGCAACUGUCACUAGAGGAGAGUCAUGUCGCCUUCACAGACAUCCUGCGGGUGACGGAGUGUGACGGGACGGAACCGCACGUGACCCUCAUCUCGGCCUUGAGUGGGAUGGGAAAGUCUACAUUAUUGAAAUUCCUUCUGAAUAAAGUGAAAACUAACGGAAAUACAAUUUCCAAUGUGGAUGGCUUUGAUCUUGUUCUUUACUUGGAGUGUCGCCACUCAACCUUCGCUUCUGUGGAGGACAUGGCAGCCUUUUUACUACCAAGAACGGCCGCUUCCUUCCAUUCUCCAGAGUUCCAGAAGACACUCUUUGCCUUGGACUUCCUGCUUGUAGUAGAUGACGUUGAUGAGUUAGAUCAAACGUCUUUCUCUGUCUUUCUUGACUUUAUAAGGAAAGUCUCUCCAGCAUCGCGAUUCUUGGCAACAGUAUCUCGAGAGAAAGCUGACGCUCUCAAACAAAAAGUCUUGAGUAUACACAAAAAUGUCCUGCUCCUGGAAAUUGAAGGAAUUCCUGAGGACCAAAUUCCCGUCAUGCUCCACCAAACGCUAUCAUGCGUCUCGCCCAGCGUGCGUCCAGGAGAAGGAGACAUAAACCAGCUACGUGACCUGAUUCGAUCCAAGCGUCCCUUCCUGCAGGAGCACCUCAAGUCUCCUGAAAUCCUCAGCCUAAUCGCUCUGAGCUGGACACUGGCACAGGAACGGAUCAAUGCCUCCGUCACCGUCACAGAGGUGGUCAUGCUUGUCGAGGACCUUUUGAUACACAAGGUUGUUCACAAAUUGAUGGGAUCGAGUGGAGCCGGGCCUUGUGCACAACAUGCCAUAUCUUCCAAGCUACAGACAUACCUGUUGGCACUUAGCGGCAUGGCACUGCAGUCCCUCGUCAAGGGUAAAUAUGUAUUGGAUGCAGAAGACCUUGAAAAGUUGACUGAAAAAUGCAAAAGUUUGGAGCUUCCUGAAAAUUAUAUGAUGUCAGCAUUUCUGAACCAUUCUACCGACCCCGACAGUGGCUUGUGUUUGACGCCUCGAGUAGUGCCUUUCCCCCGCACCCUGACGCUUCUCUACUACGCUGCCUGGUAUGCCGUUCAGCGCCUCAGAGUGGCUCCUCCCUCCACCAGAAUUAGACAGUUUCUAAAGCUGCAAACUCCUCUCCCUAACGAGUCACAGAUGAACAACCUUCGGGUCAUGAUGAAGUACUUGGUGGGGAUGCUGAUCGUACUGGCACCGAAAGAAUUGCACUCAAGAGCAAGGGAAGUAGUGGAUCUCCUGAAGGAACUGGGUGUAAAAACCACGUCACAAUGGCUAGAAUACGUCGAGGAAGCGAAAGAAGAGCAAAGGUUGACUCAGGAAAUAAUGAAGGAGCUUGGAGAGGAGUGGGAGGUGGAGGAGUACGCCAUUUCCUUGACGCUGGCCAACAUCAUCAGACACAGGAAACCCAAGCGACUCGUCCUAACGACGCUUCAUAACCCAGAUAAUUACUGUCACCUCCAAGAAGUUCUCAAGUCCUGCGCCAACACUGAAACAACUCUUUCUCUCCACUUAUAUCAGCACUUUUGGUCUGAGAAAAAUGAUGUCUCAGACAGAUUCCUGAGGACCAUAACAAGUGCCAAUCCUCAGUACAAGUUGGAACAUUUCGCAGGGCGCCUUACCGGACCAGCCUUAUUAACGCUACCGAGUUCUCUGCAAAGACUGGCCCUCCACAUCACCCCGAGUUCCCUGGGAUCCCUAAAUGAAGUUCUUCCGUCUCUCACAUCACUACAGAUGCUUUACCUUAACUUUGAUGUGCCCACCUCCACCCCACCCAGCUCGGUGCCUCCGCUAAACCUUCAGGGCAGACCAAUAGUGUUGUCUGUGGAUUUGUGGAGGAUUACCGAAGAUUCAGUUCAGUGGUGUAGUGAUAUCGCUGGCGUCUUGAGCAAACACUACACACGCCUGGUGCUUCGCCGGAGUGAGCUGAACAAAGAUGGUUGUUCAAAGUGGGUGGAGGGACUGCGUGCAGGCGGAGUCACUGUGGACGCCAUCGUGCUGGGGUCCACGCGGGUCUUGACGCCCCAAGAUCGAGAACACAUCCACAAUCUCACUAUUGAAAUUGGAUGCAAGGACCUAAAGGUGAUGAAGGUCUAGUGGUGACUUACUCGUGACCAGACAGUGCUCAACACCUACAUCAUACAUACUUUUGUUAGCGUCACUUUAAAGUUGAUUUUUUUUUUUUUAGUUUUUAUAUGAACUAAAUGCCUAAAUUGAAAGGGCAGAAUGUUUCUUUGUCUCGUGACCAGUGUGUGUGCCCUUGUGAAACUUAAUAGAAAUGCUAUUAAAAAUUGUUACAACUA